CGAGACCCGUCCCACCGAUACAUGGAACAGCAAACAAAGCUUGGAGACGCGAAAAAGGGGAGAGGAGAGAGGGGAAAAAAAAAUCUCCCCACAACGCGACCCGUGCGGUGCUGUGGCCUCCUGCGGGCCUGCGGGGGAAGAAGCGCCCCCCUGCGGCGAUAUAAACCGUAUUUUUUUUUUAGGGAGAGACGAGAGAGGAAAGCCGGUGGUGGAGUAGCGGAGAGCGGAGGGGAGGGGAGAUACUCGUGGUGCCGUGUGUGUCCGGGGGGGCAGUAGCGUGCGAUGCUGAUGGCGACCGUCUCGCCGGCACGGAGGGACGCGACGGGGCAGGCGGUGCGGCCGAGCCCGGCGGCGGCGGCGGCGAUUGUGAGGAGAGGUGGGGGUGGGGGUGGCGGUGGCGGAGGGACGGUGCUGGGGAGGUACGAGCUGGGGCGUGUCCUGGGGCAGGGCUCCUUCGCGAAGGUGUACCAGGGGCGGCACCUGGAGACCGACGAGCGCGUGGCAAUCAAGGUGCUCGACAAGGAGAAGGCCGUGAAGGGCGGCAUGGUCCACCUCGUCAAGCGCGAGAUCAACGUGCUCCGCCGCGUGCGCCACCCGAACAUCGUGCAGCUGUUCGAGGUGAUGGCCACCAAGACCAAGAUCUACUUCGUCAUGGAGUACGUCCGCGGCGGCGAGCUCUUCUCGCGCGUAUCCAAGGGCCGCCUCAAGGAGGACACGGCGCGGCGCUACUUCCAGCAGCUGGUCUCCGCCGUCGACUUCUGCCACGCCCGCGGCGUGUUCCACCGGGACCUCAAGCCCGAGAACCUCCUCGUGGACGAGAACGGCGACCUGAAGGUAUCGGACUUCGGCCUCGCCGCCGGCCCGGACCAGUUUGACACCCACGGUCUGCUCCACACGUUCUGCGGAACGCCGGCCUACGUCGCCCCUGAGGUGCUCAGGCGCCGUGGAUACGACGGCGCCAAGGCGGACAUAUGGUCUUGCGGUGUCAUCCUCUUUGCGCUCAUGGCCGGGUACCUCCCUUUCCAUGACCACAACAUCAUGGUUCUGUAUCGGAAGAUCUACAAGGGGGAGUUCAGGUGUCCGAGGUGGUUCUCCAAGGAUCUUACUAGCUUGAUAAUGCGCCUUCUUGACUCAAACCCCACCACUAGGAUCACUAUGCCAGAGAUCAUAGAGAACGUAUGGUUCAAGAAAGGAUAUAAGCCAGUCAAGUUUUAUAUUGAGGAUGACAAGCUCUACAACCUGUCUGAUGACGUGCUGGACUUGGAGCCUGCUGAUGCUCUUCCCCCACCAUUGGCACCUGCACCUCCAUCUCUACAAGGGGAUGAUGGUGAUGGUUCAGGGUCUGAGUCAGACUCAUCAGUCGUAUCCUGCCCAGCCACAUUGUCAACUGGGGAGAGCCAGAGGCUCCGUGGGUCUCUACCACGGCCAGCAAGCCUUAAUGCAUUUGAUAUCAUAUCAUUCUCAAAAGGAUUCAACUUGUCCGGUCUGUUUGAGGAGAGGGGAAAUGAGAUCAGAUUCGUGUCUGCUGAGCCUAUGUCAGAUAUUAUAACAAAACUGGAGGAGAUUGCGAAGGUGAAGAGUUUCUCGGUGCGGAGGAAGGAUUGGCGGGUGAGCAUAGAGGGUACGCGGGAAGGAGUUAAGGGGCCAUUAACCAUCGGCGCAGAGAUAUUUGAGCUAACACCUUCCCUUGUGGUAGUGGAGGUAAAAAAGAAGGCAGGCGAUAAUGAAGAGUAUGACGAUUUCUGCAAGAUGGAGUUGAAGCCAGGAAUGCAGCACCUUGUGCACCAGAUGAUCCCAGCUCCAAAUGUACCUACUAACAUGGAGUAGGUUGAAAGGCUUUCAAGUUUACAGGCUCCCCUCACCCUGGAGCUGAUAGGAGCAGAAGGCACCGAAGCUGGGCAGCAUUAGCUAGAGGCAGGAGCUUCCGUGCAGUUGACAGGGAGAUCUCUUCUAUUCGGACCAAAACCUGAACAGUAUGGUCCCCGGUGAUGAUAUCAUGGUUUGGUAACUCGCAAGAGUUCUCUUUCUCUGGAGGGCCUAAGAUCGUUGUUAGGCAAUGGAUUGAGACUGUGGAUGUAGAUACUCCGGUUGCGGUUGGUGCCCAGGUGGGCGUUUAAAGUGGAUGUAGAUACCCCGGUUGCGGUUGGUGCCCAAGUGGGCGUUUAAAGUGGAUGUACUGUCCAGUUUUCUCUCUGACUUAGCGGCUGUGUGCAUGGUGGCAUCGAAUAAUUCUGAGUGACCAUGAUUCUGGGGCCAGCUGAUUGAGGAAUGGAAGGGAUGCAUGAGCCGGGCAUGUGCAGACCGCUUGGAUUCUGAAUCUUCCAUUCCUGAUGCUAUGAGCCCAUCCAUUAUUGGAUGGAGGACGUGACAGAUUUGGGCACUGCAGUGCGGUUGGUUGGUCCGGACUCCGUGUGAUUGAGAGAUUGCUUGGACCUAUGUCCUGUGCAGUGCAGCGAAUUUGGCUGAGGUCACCGGGCACGUGAGCAGGGCAGGAUCAGUGGGUGGCACGGUUGGCCUACCUCGGCGACGGUGGCCUGGGUAGGGUAACUUGGGGGAGAAAAUUUACUGUCUGUCCGCAGUACCAGGUACCGGAGGUACCACAGUCUGCACCGUCCGACGAGUCCGAUCCAACGGCUGGGGUGGGAGGUACGGGAAGCACUAUACGAGGUACCGGGAAGCACCUUGCUGGUACCGCACGCAAGCGAGGGCAAGGACGUAACUUCACGAUGCAGCCCGCCGGACUAGAUUGGAACCUCCUAACCCUAGCUUUGCAGAGUUGUUCCUGCCUCCGCCUACGGGAACUAAUGAUGCUGGGUGUCCUGCCGCCCGGUGGGCGCGCGAAGGCGUGCAUUGCGGGAGGCGGCUGCCGGCUGGGGUGCAGAUCUAUGGUGCGGCGGCGUUGGGCGCAGUGGCGCGGCGCUCCACGGCGGCCCGGCGUGCAGGCGGCGCUCCGCAGCAGCGCGACGCGUGCAGGCGGCCGCGGAAGGCAAGUGGCGAGCCGACGAGGGGAGCGCGACGACGCUGGCGACGCAGCAGCGACAGCAAGUGCAGGUGCAUGUAGGCGCAGGAGCGACGCAAGCGCAACGAGCCAACGACGACAAGAGCAGGACUGCACAGUGCGCAGUGCAGGCAACAAUCAACCAACAAGCAGGGCGGGACAAGUUUGAUAAUUGUGAAAAAAAUUUGAUUUCAUUUACUGAUUCACACAUUUGUGAUUUGAUAUACUGAUUUGAACAUUUGUGAUUUCAUUUACUGAUUUGCAAAUCUGGUUGAGUACAUCGCGCCGGCGUUCGGCGCAGCGGCAGCACGACAACUCGCUCCGGCGGCCGCCGCCAAUCUUUCCUCCUGGACUAUCUGGACUCGAAGAAGAAAGAAGGGGAAAGAAGAGAACGAAGGGGAAAGAGUGCAGCUUAGGCUUAUUUGUGUGUGGAAGAUACAUGCAAUGCCCAUCCUGCCCUUUCUAAAUCGGACGGUCGGAUUUUAACUGGUACUACUUACCAGUGCUGGUACCAUUUGUUGGACCAUAGCAUUGCUCUGUCCAAGUGUUGCUUCAAGAGGGGGUCAAGGACCGGUCGAAGCAAAUGAUAAAAUUCAACAAAAAUGAAAUGGCAGGAUCACCAAUUUGGCUUAUUAUUAUGAUUCAAAAUUUGAAUUUUAAAACAUAUAUUUAU